UGCAUUCAAUGGUCGAUGGCGACAGCUGUUUACAACUAUACAACUAUGGGUUUUCGUCCUCCGGGGUGUAUAGGUUGAGACAGAGAGAUGGAAGACCGCCAUACAAAGCAUAUUGCGAUAUGAACGGAGGAUGGACUCUCAUUAUGAAAAUCGAUGGUAGGAAAAGCACAUUUCUAUACAACAGCUACUUGUGGACCAGUGAUAAAGAUACUUACAAUGUUGAUGCUGUUGACCUCAACGAUGAUCGCGAGGUCAAAUUGGCUUCAUUCUGGGCACUCCCGUUCACAGAGAUGCUCCUAGGCAUGAAACACAACUCACGUAUCAGGUGGAUAACCGUCUCUAAAAUAGCUAAUUCGCUGUACAGCCUAUUGGCUGAUGGUCAGUAUCGAAGCUUUUCUAAAGACUUAGGAAAAAAGGAGUGGAUGGCCAUGAUCCCAGGAUCAUCUCUUCAGAUAAAUUGCAAUCGGGAGGGUUUCAAUGUCUUGUCGAGUCAUACUAUAUACGGAGUUCGCAUUGGUAUGAUUACGAACAAUGAACGCGAUUGUGCUUCAGCAGAUUCGCGUAUUGGCUUUGGAGGCAGAGGAGACGUUUGUGGUCCGCCCGGAGCUGCGAACAACUCGUGUGGAAAUGUCUCUCCCCUCUCGGACUGUGCUCACAGCAGUCAUGGUCCAGUAAACAUUCCCGUAUUUGGAUACAUAUUGGCACGUUGAAACUGCAAUGCCAAAAUUAUUAGCUAAAUUUUUCUGUUAGCGCAUGCAUGCAUGUUUCUAGCUAGACUGACACUAAAGGAUUAGUAGGAAUGACGAUAUGAAACAUUG